AUGAUUUUACUAUUUGUGGUUCCUCUACUUUUGUCUACUUUUAUUGAGUCAUCAGAAGCUUCAGCUUUGACAGAUUUUCGAAUUCGAAGAGCUUUUCAUAAUGAUAUAUGUAAAGAACAUCCAGAUAUGUCAACUUGUAGUCGUCCAUAUACUGUAAGAGAUUAUCGAGAAGAAUUGGAAAAACAGAGGAAUGAAGAAGGUUCGGAUACUCAGAAUUUCCAGGCCAGUCGUCGUGCGGAUUGGGUCGACGAUGAAAUCGAUGAGAAGGAUCUUGAAUACUAUUUAUGGAGAAAAAGAAGGCGCCAAUACUUGAGAAGAAAGGCUCAAGCUAUGUUGAGAGAAAGAUAUCGUGAUCGAAUGGAUGAAGACAGAGAAAGAGAAAGAUAUGGAGACGUGGAUUAUCACUACCAUUAUCAUGAAGCGCCGAGGUACGGAUACGGUAGAUAUGGUAGUGGAUAUGGAAGAUAUGGACCUUAUGGUGGAUAUGGAUACCCGUCUUACGGUGGAUAUAGUGGAUAUGGUGGUGGUUACGGAGGAGGUUACGGUGGAGGUUACGGUGGAGGAUAUGGUGGUGGAUACGGUUACGGCGGAGGCCUCCUUGGUAAUAUCGUUAAUAUUGGGGCUGGAAGUGGUCUCGGAAUUUCGACUCCAAUCGGUGGAAUCGGAAUAUCACAUGGUUGGGGAAUCGGUAUCGGAUGA